AUGGAGUUGGAGAACCCUCCGACUGUUACGUCCGAGUUGAUCUCGCUUCCAGUCAUGAGCUGGAAGCGUUUCGCAAAGGACCUGUACGAUGGACGCAUCGAACAGCUAUGCAUUCUUUCGGACUGCGAAAGAAUGACAAGUGAAACAAAGGAGCUGGGCCAACUCUUCGCUGGAAGCCCCACUGAGAGUGAUGAUACUCUCAGUGGCAAGACGAAGCAGGAACGCUUCAACGAGCAGAGUUGCAAGAUUCUGCGAGAGCACAUGGUCGUGCUCUCGGACGGGACUCCCGCAGAAGAAGUAUCCCGACUCGACAGUGGCUACUGA